AUGGCAGCUAUUGAUCAAACUCAACAACAAUCACAAUCUGAAUUGGUUACAGAUCUAAGCCAACUGCAACUACCUAUUACAGAUGAAAAACAGCCCCAAUUGCCACAGACUAGCUACAUGCAGAAAACAUUUGAUUAUCUGGAUAACCAUCCAGUAGUAGCAGGAAUGGCUGGUUUUUUAGCACUAUAUGCUGCUGCAGGCGCAUAUCGUAGCAUCUCCAUUAAACUUCGUGGUGGUCAGGCUGCUACUACUUUUCUAAAGGGUGGAUUUGAACCAAAAAUGAAUUCCAAGGAAGCUUUGCAAAUCUUAAAUUUACGUGAACAAAAUUUGGAUAAGAAAAAAUUAAAAGAGGUUCAUCGUCGGAUUAUGUUGGCUAAUCAUCCGGAUAAAGGUGGCUCUCCAUAUUUAGCUACUAAGAUUAAUGAAGCUAAAGAUUUGUUAGAGCGCCGUGGUGGUUUACGAUAA